AAUACAAUACAAUGCGCUGAAAGAAUCUAAAAUCAGAAGCGCGUACAGGUUUUUGCUGCACGACGUCGCGUUGGCAAGAUCUCAUACUGCAACAAUACGAAUGCAAUCAUUCAGUCUCCAUACCUGUUAUCGACAAUGCCUAGCGAGGACGGCUCGGCAGACGUCGCGGACGGGGCACGGCCUCCUGAGCAGAGGAAGCAGCGCUCGGCCAUAUAUCUUUGAUGACAGCCUGCCGGGCCCCGGCCCCUCCUCCCUCGCGGCCGCGGUCGCUGCCCCGAGCGCCACGAGCAACAGCGGCAGCGGCGCGGGGCCGAGCGCUAGCGGGCGCGGCAGCGGAGGAUCCCGGCGGGUGAACUCGCAUGGACAGCAACAGCAACGAAAGCGGGCGGCGUCAGCGGCGUCAGGACUGGAGGACGACGAGGGCGGGGACGCGCAGCCGCCUGCUUCUGCAUCCAUUCUUGAUUUGGCUGCAAGCGCACCCUCGCCGGGCUCUGACUCCGACUCUGAGCCGUUCAGCCCAUCCAUACAAAGCGCAGGGCGCCGCUCCGGUGCCAAUGGCGCGCGCAAGGAAGGCGCACGGUCCCAGCAACUACAGCAGCAGCAGCAGCAGCAGCAGCAGCGGCCGCAGCAACAACCGCAGCGACCGGGCGCGGACGCGAGCAGUUCCUCGUCCUCUGCACCAACGGGCGCUCGGCGGUUCCGUAGCGCAUCGGCCCCUGGCGCUGAGUCAGCGCCCGCAUCCACCUCGACCCCCACGCACUUAAGAGGCAAGGCCGCUGCAACCGCCGCCGCUGGCGCCGCUGGCGCCGCCGGCGCCGCUGGCGCCCUCCGCAACAGCAACAGCAGCAGGGGCGUUGCAAGGCAGGAGCAGCAGCAAGUUGAUGCAAGGGAGGCGGAGGAGGAGGACGACGAGGCCGGCGCGCCGCCGCCGCGCUUCCUGCGACUGCCUGACGGGCGGCAGGUGGUGCCGCUGCGGCCCGACACGGCGGCGGCGGCGGCGGCGGGCGCGCUGUCGCGGGCACUGGGCAUAGAGGGCAAGGCUGUGGUCCGCUUCGACGGCGCCGCGGGCGGGCUCAAGGGACUGCGUGUGCUGACGCUGGCGCACGCCUUCAUGGGCGCCUUCGGCCGCGGCCUGUCCUUCGUGGUGGACGUGCGCCAGGCGCUGCCCUCUGCUGCCGAGCGGCCCCAGGCCGGCGACGUGUCGUUCGGCUUCCGAGCCACUGCCCGCUCGCGGCCGCUGGAGGCGCACGAAGGCCAGCUGCCGACCGCGCUGCGCGAGGCUCGCUUCAUGUUGGACCUGUCCAUCAACGUGCGCCAGGCCUGGGACUGCAAGGGGGACAUUGACGAGGAGCAGGCCUACGACCUGGCUGACACCUUCUAUGCGGCUCUGGCGGCGCAGCAGGCGGAUGAGGACGCGGAGGCCGCAGCCGCCGAGGCCGCGGGCGGCGCCCGGGCGCGGCAGGCGCGCCAGCGGCAGCAGCAGGCUGCGGGCGGCGGCGACCUGCCGCCGCCGGGCGUGUUCGUGACUGCGGACCUGGCGCAGGGGCUCACCACCUUCACAGCGCUGGGGCUGUUGCAGAAGCGGCUGCGGGAGGAGGGCCAGAACGUGGUGGUGGAGUCGACCAUGUAUCGAGCCUCUUCCUCCGCGCCCCGCCUGGACGGACGUGACGGCUGGAUCUUUGCGCUGCGCCUGGGCCGGCCGGGGCCCUACAUGUCCGGGCCUCGUGGGGUUGGCCAGCAGACGCCGCCUGGGGGGAGGGAGUAGUGCGUGCAAGCAAGAGGCAGGCGGGAGCAGCUUCGGCACAGGACAAGUGUAGAUGUGUGGCUUUGUAAGGACGUGGCCAGGGGUGGUGGGCUGUGCAUGUGUACGGUAACAGGGCAUGCGAUCCGCUUGGAUGCUGUGGGCUUUGGGCUCUGCCCGCAUCUGGACGCGUGGCAUAGAGCGAGGUUGGACAGUGUGGAAGUGGGUCAGUGCCCUCAUCAGAAUCUGCGGCUGUGGGGGCGUGUGUACGUGUCCCUCACUCCUGAAGCUGUACAGCACACACAACGGCUGCGAGGUGCGGUGGGGAUGUGCGGGGGAAGACGGGGAGAGAGCGCGGGCACGUGGUUGCAGAUGGGACCCAGACGUGUGGUUGGCCAGGGCUACGCCGGCUAGCUAGCUAGCUGCACGCAAGGCGCGGUACGGUAGAGUGCAGGGCGGAGCGAGCUUGCUCAGAGGUAUGGGCACGGGCGUUGGGCUUCCGGCUGCAGCAGCAGCGGAUACGCAUGCCCAAAAAAAUGCUACUUGCUUACAUUAGUGCCGCAACUCGCGUCAGCAAGUCCCUCUUGUAACCAAAGAAAUUC